GCUACAGACAGCGGCCUGUACCUCCGAGCACCGGAUGGCAGCCUCUCACCGUUCUCCUUAAAACUGUUUGUUUGUUAAGAAAAGCGUAACCAGCCUUGGUGAUACAAUUUCAUCUCUAUUUUUGGUUAAUCUAAGGAUUUAUCGGUGGUGUUAUAGAAGAACGUCGACACCGAUAAACUUAAGCUGUUAGAUGCAGGGCAAUGAAUCUACAGUACCGGUACCGUAAUGACCCGAGACUGCAGACGCGCUCGGACCCGAGACCUCCACGGGGUGUGGAGGAGCCUCCGAGGAGGAGCAGGUUUACAAACGCUACACCUCAGGACAGCAGGGUUGAGUGGAGGGAAGCCAGACCUUCUUACCAGAACUGUGAGGACCCAGACGGGGUACCGCUCACCGAGGUGGACCCUGAGCUGUUGAGAAAGAAGCAAAUGCUUCAAAAGUUGAAUGAAAAAAUCUUGCACACGAAAGCUUCCAUCGCCAUCAAAUCGGUUAAAGCGCAUGUAAAUGUGCCUCCUUUUCCAGCUGAUGUGCAAGAGUUACGAGCACCGGCUGAUUCCUGCGCAUUAUCUGCACCAGCUAAUUCACAGGCCUCGUCCGUGCCGGGUGGUUCUCAUGGCAUGCAGAUGAAAAUGUGCGAAGGUGGACCCCUCAGAGACAGAGUGAGAGAGAUUUUGCUGCAGCGUCAGUUCAGCCUUUAUUCAAAGCUCCAGUCGUCCAAAGAGAGAUUGAAAUCAUCAACACUGAGCAAGGAGCGUCUGCAGCAGGAGCAGCAUCCGCUGAAGCUCAGAGUGAAGGCGCUGAGGACGCACAGACUUGGUCACACCAGUGUUUUACCGACUAACAAAGAGAAGGUUUCUGAUGUCCCCCUGCCCCCUCCCAGACAGAGCGUUACAUCUCCUGUGAGACAGGAGAUCAGCUCCAGCAAAGGAUUUGAGCUCCUCGUCAAUGUGCUCAACAAAGGAGCAGGCCCUAAGAUAAAAGAAACGGUUCCUGAUGUCCCCUUGCCCCAUCCCAGACAGAGCGUUACUUCACCUGUGAGACAGGAGAGCAGCUCCAGCAAAGGGUUUGAGCUCCUCCUCGAUGUGCUCAACAAAAGAGCAGGCCCUAAGAUAAAAGACAUGGCUCCUGAUGUCCCACUGCCCCCUCCCAGCCGGAGCGUUGCUUCUCCAGUGAAGGAGAAAACUGCUGUAAAGGGUUUUGAACGCUUCCUUAACGUGCUCAACAAAGGAGUCAACAUCAGUUCGCUCAGCAGUAAUGUCAAAGAGGAUCCAGAAAUUCCUGUCGUCUGUGUUAAAACCAAGUCGGAUCCGUUUCUCAGGCGUGAGAGCCUGCCGUCGGGAAGUGGAUCCUCGAGCAGGAGCAGCAGCACAGAGUCCAAAACCGGCUGGCUUGAUCGAGAGGAAUCUCUGCCUAAAGAUAUAGAGGAAAAGACUGCGACACAAGGCUCCAGUCUGGACUCCGGUGACCCGUCAACAUCUUCCCUGAAGGUGACGAAGAAGGAGGAGGAGGAAGAAGAAAACUCAGAUUUAGAGGAAAAGCGCAAACAGCUGCAGAGCAUUCUUAAAAGUCUGGGCUUGAAUCUGAACAUGGAGGAUCUGAGCAAACUAACGGAUUGCAAUAAUGAGAGGAUGUACGGGAAGAAGAGCGUCAAGAAAGAGAAGGACGUCAAGAAGGGGAAGAAAGUCAAGAAGGGGAAGAACGUCAAGAAGGGGAAGAACGUCAAGAAGGGGAAGAACGUCAGUAAGGUGAAGGGCGUCAAUAAAGAGAAAAACGUCAAGAAAGACGGAAGCGACAGCAAGGAGAAGCAGGAGAGAUGCAACAGAAGUAAAAAAUCACACUGCUCCUCCCCCUAUUUAUCUUCCUCCGCCUCUUCUUAUUCCACUUCUCAGUCCAGAAGUUUGAGUCGGUCCAGAAGUUUGAGUCGGAGCCCCUUUCAUGGGCGCUCUCGCAGCAGAAACCAGCGCAGCCGUUCUCGCAGCAGAAACCAGCGCAGCCGUUCUCGUGAAACGAGCCAAGAUGAAACCAGACGCCGCAGCAUGACGUCGUCACAGAGCCGUGGUCACAAAGAUGACGCGUUUCCUUUUCCUCAUUCUGCAGAUUACUUGUACAAGUGUGCCCAGUUCAUUAACUACUGCAACGCUUACAGCAGUGCUAUAAACCCCUACUGGUUCUACCAGCAGAACGAAAACAGCCAGCUUCCUGUUUCAUCUGAAAACUACUCUGAUCCUCAGUGCAGCAGGAACGACUCUGCUCAGAGAAAUCCAAGCGUCUACCCUUUUUCUUAUCAAGACUUUAUGGCGUCAAUGAAUACAGAAAAAGUAAACGUCUUGAGUGGAGAGGGCCGUUCUCAAUGCCUGAAGGUCAUCGUGGGGUCGCCGUCUCAGAACUCGAGGCGGCAUCAAAACAGGAAAGAAAGGAAAAGAUCAUUAUCAACAAGCAGUGAAAAGUGUUCCAAGAAGGAGGAGGAGGGACCGUCAAAGGCGACUUACUCAGAGAGGAAAGCCAUACCGGAGAUGGGGCGGAGCCUCAACGCUCGACGAUCAGAAGAACGGAAGACUUAUUUGCACCGAAUUGACAUUAGUCAUCCCAAAGAGGGGAGACGAAGGAGAUCAUCCUCGGAAAGGAGUGAAGAGUCUCCCAUGGAGAAGCAAAUGGGACCAUCGGCGGCAAUUUCCUCAAAGGUGAAAGCGUUACUGGCGGGGGUGCGGAGCCUCGACGCUCAACAGUCAGAAGAAGAAAAACCUCCGACAGAAAAGGUCGGUGCGUCGGAUGGGAGUUCUGGCUUGAGCGGAGCUGUCAAAUCCUGUCUUAAAAUCAAAGUGACACCAUCUCCAUCCUAUCUGGAAAAAGAGAGGAAAGCACGAGUGGAAGAGGAGAUAAAGACCAGGCUGAGGACAAAGCUUCUGGAUUUUACCCAGAAGGCGAAGGAGAUGACGAAGCGACAAUACCCAAACAUCAUUGAGCCUGCUGACUCUCUGGCCUCUGAGCUCAGUUAAUAUCUCUGGACUGUGGAGACAUUUAUACGAGGCAUUUCGGAUCAGAAACUUUCAUGUUUAAGGUUUUAUUUUUACACGUUCACUUUUACAGAAACAUCUGAAAUUUUACCUUCGUCUUCACGUUUAAACCUAAUCAUUCUCAAACUGUAAAAAAAAAAAAGUAAACUACGAAGUUUUAUUUCACAUUUUCUCCUGCUUCACAGCGAUAUUUUUACUUUAGUCCCCUCUUCGGUUCCCAUCUUGUACAAACUUCUUCAUGCUAAAUAUUUUAUGUUGUAGUUGAAAAGACACUUUUCUUGCCUAAAGGGGUUUGCGUUUAUUUCUUGGCCACUCGGAGUAAACUUUACAAGAAAACUUAACAGCUGCGGAUGACUUUCUUUAAAAACAAACAUUUUAAAAUUCAGUUUUCAGUCAUGAUCUUUCAUUUAGUAGC